AUGGAUGAACAUCAAGAUCCAGCUGGGGCCAGAGGCUAUAGAGGAAGUCAGGGUGAACAUGGUGAGAGUGGAUUUGAUGGCACUAAUGGAGAGCAGGGAGAACGUGGAUUUCCUGGACCUUCUGGAGAGAAAGGCAGCAGAGGAAAAUGGGGCAGAAAAGGCCCCAGAGGAGAACCAGGUGAACGAGGAGAAUCUGGUCUAAGAGGAGAUCAUGGAGAUCCUGGGGCUAACAAUAAUGUUACUGGCCCUAAGGGUGAAAAGGGACACCUAGCACCACAGGGAGACCAAGGCCCAUGUGGACUCCAAGGAGAGCAGGGUUAUGCUGGCCUAGAUGGUGCAGCAGGUCGAAGAGGCCCUCCAGGUAUAAAGGGUGAGCAAGGACAUCUGGGAGAAACAGGUUACACAGGAGAAACUGGUCUUCCAGGCCCACAGGGCCCAAGGGGACAACAAGGGAUCAGAGGACCUCCAGGACCACAAGGCAUGCCAGGACCUCUGGGUAGUCUGGGGACAACUGGUUCACCUGGCUCUGUUGGAAAGUUAGGUGCAAGAGGAGCAAAGGGUGAACCUGGUGACCCUGGAGAGAAGGGCUUAGCUGGACCACCUGGACAGAGAGGCAUUCCUGGCAUGGAUGGCAGAGACGCCUAUGGUCCUGAAGGAAGCAAAGGAGCAAAGGGAGAAUCUGGAUUCAUAGGAUAUCCUGGUCCAGAGGGAGAAGAAGGAGAUCAGGGCAUUCCAGGAGGGGAAGGACCCAAAGGAAUUAGGGGUAGAAGAGGUAAUUCUGGAACACCAGGUUCCCUGGGAGAUCCAGGUGACCAAGGACCAUCAGGACCUAUGGGUGCCAAGGGACCAGUGGGCACCAUUUUAAUGGAACCUUGUGAACUUGUGAAUUUCACCCGAAAAAACUGCCCAUGCUCAUCAGACACAUGCCCAGCUUAUCCAACUGAAGUGGUUUUUGCCUUGGAUAUGUCUGACGAUGUUACACCAGCUGCAUUUGAAAGAAUGAGGAGCAUUGUUACGUUAUUGCUGAAGACCAUUAAGAUCAGUGAAAGCAAUUGCCCAACAGGAGCUCGUGUCUCUGUUAUUUCUUUCAAUACCAACAUGCACUACCUCAUUCGAUUCUCUGAAUUUCAAAAAAACAACUUGCUGCUACAAGCAGUCCAGAGAAUCCCGCUAGAGAGAUCCAGUGGAAAACGAAAUAUUGGGGCAGCCAUGAGAUUUGUUGCAAGAAAUGUCUUCAAACGUGUUCGUCAGGGCAUCCUCACAAGAAAAGUUGCCCUAUUUUUUGCCAAUGGUCCGUCGCAGGAUGAUGUUGCCAUCAGUACUGCUGUGCUUGAGUUGAGUGCUUUGGAUAUCACUCCAGUGGUUAUUGCCUUCAGUGAAGUGCCAAAUGUCAGACGUGCCUUCUCUAUUGAUGACACAAGAAGAUUUAAAUUAUUUGUCUGGGAAAGUCAACAGGAUGAAAAUUUGGAGGGCAUCACAUAUUGUACACUUUGCUUUGAUAAAUGCAACCCAAGAACCAACUGUGAGGUGCCUUUUUCUCCCCUGGUUCAGAUGGAUAUGGAUAUAACAUACAUCAUGGAGAGCUCUUGCAGCAUUAACAGUGAAGAAUUUCAGAGAGCCAAAGACUUUGUGAGCAACAUGUUGGAUCAAUUUGUCAUUUCCUCACAGCCAAAUGAGUCAUAUGGAGGCAUCAGAGUGGCAUUGGUGCAGCAGGCUCCCAGGAGCUUCCUGCCUGACAGAAACCAAACACCUGUGGCCUUGGAGUUUGACCUAGUCACAUACAGCAAUAAAGAUUUGAUGAAGAAACACAUCCAAGAGUCUGUUCACCAGCUGGAAGGGCCAUCAGCCAUUGCUUCUGCUCUACAGUGGACAGUUGAAAACGUAUUCUUUAAAGCCCCUAGACAAAGAAAACACAGGGUGAUAUUUACAAUAGUCGGAAGCAAAACAAGCACGUGGGACAGAGAAAGGCUGAGAGAGAUUUCACUAGGAGCCAAGUGCCAAGGAUUCACCUUGUUCGCUCUUGCACUUGGCAGCGGUGUGAGUGACAGUCAGUUGAUGGAGCUGUCAAGCUCCCCCACAGACCAGCACUCACUGACACUAGGCAGGGUUUCCACACCGGAGAUGGUGUAUGCUCAGAGGUUUAGCCAGGCAUUCCUAAAUCUCCUACAACAAGAAAUUAACAGUUAUCCUUCACCUGAGCUACAAGAAGAGUGUGAAAACUUGGAUCGGGGAGACAUACAUCAGGAAGCAUCCAUGAAUGAAAGGAUACCUUUUCCUGGAAUGUCUGAAAGUGGUUCCAAUCAAGUUUUAGAAGACAUGGGAAAAAAUGAAAGUAGAAUCAAGAAGAGUAUGAAAGAGAACACCAAAGAACCUGUAUCUACAAUGCCAGAAAUGAGAGAUGAUUAUGAGGAGGAUGAGUAUUUCACAGAGGAAAAUGCUAAAAGGGAAAAGCCUCAAGAGUGUGAAAAAGCUCAGGAGAAGAACAAGAAAAACUUAGAGACAGAAGUAGAAACUAGUGGUGCCUGUAAUGAUUAUGAUGCAUGUGACCUUGUUCAAGAUAGUGGAGAAUGUCAGAAUUACAUUUUGAAGUGGUACUACAACAAAGAGCAGAAAAUGUGUGGUCAGUUCUGGUAUGGGGGCUGUGGAGGCAAUAAAAAUAGAUUUGAAACACAAGAAGAAUGUGGAAUCUUGUGUAUGGAGUCCUCCUAAUGCAGAAACACUUAAAUUGCUUUUACUCUUCAGUUAGACUAUCAGGUUGAUGUGGAAAAGGCAUUCAAAGAGGAAGCUUUACAUACCCACUCGGCUCCCAUAUUUCAGCUGAAAGAAAUGCUUGAUUAUAAAGUUAUUAUCUGGUAAUGUAAUUGUGCAAAUAAAAUUUAGGCUAUUUCUCCAUUGUUCUAACAUUUAUUGAGAAACCCU